UGAAGGCUAUCUUGAUUCUGGGAGCUUUAGCGCCCACGGUGACUCUCUCUCUAUCCAAUACCAGUAUGCGCUUAAUAGCUCGUUCGACGUCUCCUUGUUUGAUGCGCGUUCGAAACUGGAUCCCACAGCCGGAGCUGGGAUUCAGCUAAAUGGCGGACUGGUCGUCCUGGGAAGAAUCAACCCUGCAUUACAGCAAACUGUCAUGGACGCUGGCUUACUACAGACGGGUGUACGGAGUCGUUGUAAACCCUGGAAUCCAGCCAGCCCUUUUGACACGCUCCUGGAUCUGGACCUCCUGAAAACAGUUCAAAAUGCCGGUUCUGACGUCUCCAACGCUCUGAUACGAGAGGGGAAGCUAGUCUGGACCAGCAUAAUGCGAGGGGCUUUGCAAGAAGCAUUGUACGGCGCCCUGCCGAGCAAUGUCCGACAAAAUGUCCAGUUUGGCAAAGUGUUAGUGGACCUUCGAUCGGUUCGCGAGGGUGGAAUUGAAUGCUUAUUUAGUGACGGGUCGGUAGCUGGGCCUUUUGAUGUCGUGGUAGGAUGUGAUGGCAUCAAGUCUGCGUGCAAGGAAUACGUCGAAAAUGGACGGAUUCUGCCCAAAGACGCAAAGCGCGAGGGAGACUCUGUUGCCGUGUACUCCGGUUUGAGGAUUCGUUACGCCGUGAAGGACGGUAAUUCCGAAGAGAAACAAGCGGAAACCGCCACGCUAUCUCAAUACUUUGGUGAAGGCGCUUACGGUUUGGACGGGAUCUACGGUGCUGGUCCGGGCCAGCCCCACACAAAAUGCGCCUUUCUCGUCUACCUCGAUCCGGAUUACGUCGGACCGUUUAAGAAGAAACGCGCGCGUUUAGAAUCCAAACCAUCCGUAGACGAGAACGCCGACUGGACUCAAGAUGUCCGUAAGUCUAUUGAAGUGGCGCGAGAAACAAUGUUGGAUCAAACCAAAUCGUUGGGUGUACCGGACACCGACCUGUCACCCACCAUUAGUGCGGCCGAUCGUUUCUUCGAACUCGGUGUGUACUUUCACAAUCCUUUUAGCACUCAAGGUUGGAGUCGUGAAAUGACCGAUUCCAAGGGAGGAUCCGUUGUUCUGUGCGGUGAUGCCGCACACGCGCUGCCACCCUUUUUGGGUCAAGGAUCCAACCAGGCCAUUCAAGAUGCGUACUGUUUGGCCAAACAACUCUACGCCUACAACGCCGAAAUCGAGCAAGGCCGAGACGCAAACUUGAACGCCAUGCUCAAAGAUUACGAAAACACACGGUGGCCGAGCACGUUUGGCAUAUUCUGGAAGUCCACCUUUCUGGGAUACCUCGAGACUGGCGGCGAAGAUGGACUGUACGCUAGAUUUCGUGACGUUUUCUUCAAAACCAUGGGAGCCGUCGGAAUCGCUGAGUGGGUCCUCAUUAGCGCCGCCAAACCCAAAAUCUAAGAGACGAAGCUACUGGAUUGCGAAUCCGGAAAAAUGUACUAUUAGCCGUUCUAAACAGUCCAGCCCGUUGUCAUACGUUUUUUGGUUUGCG